UUUACGCCCCCAUAUUUUUGCAUUGAGAAAUUUGAGAAAUACAACACCGAAUGUAAAUUCCAUUUAACAUGCACACGAUCUUUUGUCAUUAUGAAAUCACGUGCACGUGCAUCCUCCUCUCUCUGGUGGCAGCGUUGCGCGAAUCCUAUUCCUGACCAAUAGGACCGCCCCGUUCUAGUGAGAUUCUACCACUGUCGUCGCACUCGCGGGGAGGGGAUCGCAAGAGUGCGGCUGCGGACACGGGUCGUACGGGUGGACGAACGAGGUUCGAGCCUCGAGGCUGAUCGGGACCGUCGAGUUGGCAAAGGCGGCCGUGGUGUUUGACGAAUCGCGCCGCUCCCGGCGCUCUCAGUGAAGAGGGCAUCGUAAAUCGAGGGAUUCAUGAAGAGCGACUCAAGUUUGAGCAAUGAGUCCACAGAGCCAAAAGAAUAAUUUACCUGAAAAAACCAUGGAAUCCAAUGGAUAUUCUUCCGUUGGCGAGAUUACAGCGAAAGAAGCAAGGAAUCGUUCAUCCCCUUGUGAGUCGAUGGAUUCGAUGCCUUGGUUCGGAAUGGACAUUGGUGGUACACUGUGCAAACUGGUGUAUUUUGAGCCAAAGGACAUUACGAUAGACGAGGCAAACGCCGAAGUGGAAACUUUGAAAAAUAUUCGUCGUUACCUGACGAAGAACUCGGCGUAUGGAAAAACGGGUCAUCGCGAUGCGCAUUUGCAAAUGGACAACGUUCGCAUCAGGGGCAGACGAGGAACGUUACAUUUCAUUAGAUUCCCCACGAGUGAAAUGGGAAACUUUUUGGCACUAGCAAAGUCAAAGGGCAUGGCCAAUCUCGUCACGUCCGUCUGUGCCACGGGUGGUGGUGCCUUCAAGUUUGAGGAGAAUUUCCAAAAGGAAGUAAACAUGAACCUGGCAAAGUUCGACGAAUUGGACAGUUUAAUACGUGGAAUGCUCUACAUAGAGACGACGAAUCCACACGAAUGCUACUAUUGGUCGGAUCCCACCGACGACAACAAAUGCCAAAAAGUGCCGUUCGACUUUUCCGAGCCCUAUCCUUUCUUGCUCGUCAACAUAGGCUCCGGAGUAAGUAUAUUGGCUGUAUACGGACCGGAGAAUUACAAAAGAAUAUCUGGAACGAGUUUAGGUGGUGGUACGUUUCUCGGAUUAUGUUGCCUGCUCACCGGAUGUAACACUUUCGAAGAGGCGAUAGAGCUGGCAACGGGCGGCGACAACACGCGAGUCGACAAAUUGGUCAAGGAUAUAUACGGCGGCGAUUACGGUCCGUUUGGUCUUCCCGGAGAUCUAGUCGCAAGCAGUUUCGGACAAAUGAAUUCCACGGAACGUAGAAACGCCGUCACGAAGGAGGACCUAGCGCGCGCGACGCUCGUUACCAUCACAAACAACAUUGGCUCCAUCGCGCGUAUGUGUGCAGUCAACGAAAAAAUCGAGAGGGUGGUGUUUGUCGGCAACUUUCUCAGGGUGAAUCCUAUAUCGAUGAAACUAUUGGCCUACGCAAUGGAUUAUUGGUCAAAAGGGACGUUGAAGGCACUGUUUUUGGAACACGAGGGUUACUUUGGCGCGGUUGGGUGUCUAUUACAGUUCAACGGUGAAUCCAGCUAAACGCGACACGCGAAACGUCACGACUCGUUCGGAAACAAUCACGCAGCAUUCCAUACGACCAACUCUGCAGAAUUUUCCAA